AUGUCAGCAUUUCUCUCUGCGCGAAGAUUGGCUCUUCUGGCAACACGCUGUCCACGCCGCACGCUCUCUACGACACCACGAUGGUCUGCUGAUCCAUGGCCCCUCCCGCAUACUGCACAACACCUCUCCAACACUCAGACACCCUCUGAUAUCCCACCACCUACUCCCAUUCCGCGCCCAGGGGAGUCCGAGGAGACGUUGCGUGCAAGACUCGUAUAUCAGAGCAGGAAGCGCGGGACUUUGGAGAGCGACCUCCUGUUGAGUACGUUUGCAAGAGAUCAUCUGGGGAAAAUGGACGAGACAGAAUUGAAGGAGUACGACAAGCUACUUGACGAACCGGACUGGGACAUAUACUAUUGGGCGACUGAAGGUCGUUCACCACCAGAGCGGUGGGCGAAGUCUUCCGUACUGGAGAAGCUCACCAUACAUGCAAAGAACGAGGGAAAGGUUGUGCGCAGGAUGCCUCCUCUGUAG